UAAAGUAGAGUAGAGUUUAAAGAGUUUGUAGAGUGUGAAACCUCUGUAAUACAUUCCCCUACAACCACACUUCCAUCUCUGAUUAAUAUAUUCCCCGGAGAAAAUGGCGGCGCUGCCAACUCAACAGCCGCAGUUUAUGUCCAACGGCGACCGGAGAACACACCCCAAGGACCCAUUGAUUGAGAAUAUUGAAUAUGAUCAGAUUGUUGUUCCUGAUAAGAAAAGUUGGAAGAAUUUGUUUGCAUAUAUGGGUCCUGGAUUUCUUGUUUCCAUUGCAUAUAUUGAUCCUGGAAAUUUUCAAACCGAUCUUCAAGCAGGAGCUCAGUACAAAUAUGGGCUACUCUGGAUUAUACUUUUAGCCUCGUGUGCUGCUCUUGUCAUCCAAUCACUAGCGGCAAAUCUAGGAGUUGUUACAGGAAAGCAUUUAGCAGAGCACUGUAGAUUGGAAUAUCCGAAGGUCCCGAAUUUUAUUCUAUGGAUUAUUGCUGAAAUAGCUAUAGUCGCAUGCGACAUUCCCGAAGUUAUUGGAACAGCAUUUGCUCUGAACAUGCUAUUCAAAAUACCACUAUGGUUGGGUGUACUUAUAACGGGACUCAGUACAUUGGUUCUUCUAUUAUUGCAGCAAUACGGGGUGCGAAAGCUCGAGAUCCUGAUUACAUUUCUUGUCCUAACAAUUGCGGGCUGCUUCUUUGCUGAGCUGGCAUACGCAAAGCCCGUUGCUUCGGAAGUUUUACAAGGGCUAUUUGUUCCUCAACUCAAGGGAAGCGGAGCCACUAAGCUCGCUAUUUCACUCCUCGGUGCUAUGGUUAUGCCGCAUAAUCUUUUCCUCCAUUCGGCGCUGGUUCUUUCGAGGAAAAUCCCACGAUCCGUCAGUGGCAUCAGAGAGGCGUGCGCAUUUUACUUGAUAGAAAGCGGAUUCGCUCUACUAGUGGCGUUUCUUAUCAAUAUAUCGGUUAUCUCAGUAAGUGGUGCUGUUUGCAAUUCGUCGAAUCUCGACCCUAAAGACCUUCAAAGCUGCAAAAACUUGGACUUAAACGAAGCCUCGUUUUUACUCAGAAAUGUUCUUGGAAAUUGGAGUUCGAAGCUUUUCGCAAUUGCUUUGCUGGCAUCAGGUCAAAGUUCUACCAUAACCGGAACAUACGCGGGUCAAUAUGUUAUGCAGGGCUUCCUCGAUUUACGAUUGAAGCCAUGGGUUCGGAACUUCGUAACGAGAUGCUUAGCGAUAGUCCCUAGCCUAGCCGUAGCUAUCAUUGGUGGAUCUUCUGGCGCCGGAAACUUGAUCAUCAUAGCAUCGAUGAUUUUAUCGUUCGAACUCCCUUUCGCACUAAUUCCGCUUCUCAAGUUCACGAGUUGCAAGACCAAAAUGGGAAUAUAUGUCAACUCAAUUGCGAUUUCGGCGACGACUUGGAUAAUUAGCUCGCUAAUUAUGGCGAUUAACAUAUACUACCUCGCAGAAACGCUAGUCACGUCGCUUCGCGAAAGCCAUCUAAAAAUAGUAGGCAUUGUAUUUUUGGGAUUUCUCGGAGUAUUAGCCAUGCUAAUUUAUCUAGCAAGCAUCGCUUAUUUGGUUAUCCGUAAGAACAAAGACGGGUCCCACCUAAUCGCUCUAACGGCAUCUGACAAUCGGGAUGUGGUCAAUGGUCACGGAGGCGAGAGCCUACCUAGGGAAGACAUAGUUAAUAUGCAAUUACCUCAGACCAGGAAUAAUAAUGAUGCUCUUGAUUGAAAUCAUUUUGUUUAGCAUUUGUUUUAAUUUAGUGAGAGCUCUACUUAGUUAAUUCAACCACAUUUUUUUGUUUUUGUCUGAAAGAAAUGUGUGGUUAAUAAUAUUUUUAGUAGUAUUCUUUUUUUGGAAUACAUCACCAAAUUAAAUUCCCAAAGGUUUUGUAAGCUAAAACUUUUAAAUUUUCAGAACUUUUGAAUU